GUCCCAAGCGAUGAAGUGUACCACGCGGUUGCCUUUGAGCCAAUCAUCGCCAACAAGGACGUCAUGCAUCACAUGAUCUUAUUUGCAUGCGGAGAUGACGUAACAGCCGGAGACCCACACCUAUGCGGGGCAGAGGACUUGAAAUGCGAGACCUGGCUAACAGUGUGGACGGUGGGGUUGGAGGGACAGAUCUGUACCCACCACAACACGGGGGCCAAGUUUGGCCGGGGCAGUAUGAGACACAUGUCGCUUCAGAUCCACUGGAACAACCCGGACCUCAGAGGCGACUACGUAGACAGUUCCGGAAUGCGAAUUUACUACACUCCUCGACUGCGCAAGUACGACCUUGGGAACGUCCAAUUUGGUCAGAACUACUUGGCGAUCCCUCCGCUGUCACGUGACUACGAGCAGCACGGCGGCUGUACGCCUUACUGCACGAAGAAAAGACUCCCACACCCAAUUUAUUUAACCCGAACAUACUUACAUAUGCAUCAUUUGGCCACGGCAGGCGCCAUGGAGCAGUACCGCAACGGCAAACUUAUCCGCGUGAUCGCUUUAGACCCCGAAUACCAGUACGUGACCCCGCCCAUCCACGUCCACGACCCCGCGGUGGAGAUUCUCCCCGGAGACGAGGUCCUUGUGCGGUGCUGGUACAACACGCUGGACGGAGACCGGAGGCGGUAUAACACUACUUUGUUUGGGCUUGGUACAGAUGCAGAGAUGUGCUACGCUUUCGUCAGCUACUUUCCCGCCGUGCCUCGUUUUGACCAAUGCGCACAGUUUCAAAGUUUAGAAACUGGAGAAUGUGCGAGGAAGACGGGACGAAUAGGCGAAUGCGACGUGGCCUCGUUUUUAAACCUAGUCAGUUCAACAUUAUCCAAUGAGAUUCUCGCAAACUGUCACCUGUCGAGAGUAUGCCACGCCCAGUGUUAUCUGCCGCUACAGGAACUCUUCAAUCACGUAUGCAUGAAGGGUCCACUUGCCAUGUAUUUCACGCAGAACCAGCUGAUGAGCGUGCCGGCUUGGCCGAGGAUUGUGAAUAUUUAUAACCACGCCAGAACUAAAUGCUAGAGGGCAGCAGGGGCUCUAGGAUUCCCUUCCCCACCAAAUGAAAAUAAUAAUUGAAAACUUAAACGAUGACUGAGCGUUUAACCAUUUUAUGUAU